AUGGUUCAUUGGCAGGUUACGGUCACCGACGAAGGCGAACCGAUUCGGAGAGAUGGUUUCCUAUCUGAGUUGCACUGUGUUUACAUAACGCAAGUCGAUCGUCCAUCGACGAUGGAAGAACCACAACUUGCGUAUGGAGAAAGAGUUAAGAUUAAUGUGGGUGGUCAAAUGUUUGAAACAUCGUUAUCCACUUUAACAAGAGUAGACGGCACCGUGUUGUCCAUUAUGGUUGCAGAUCGAUGGCGUGGUCAAGGCGAAUUAUUCGUGGAUAGAGAUCCAACACAUUUUGCAAAAGUUCUUAACUAUUUGAGAGAAGGUGAGAAUUUUGUCGCACCUACUGAGGAUGAUGCUCGGGAAAGUCUUCGAAGAGAAGCUGAGUUCUACAAUCUGCCCGGCCUUGUGGAUUUGUGUUUGCCCGAAGUUUUUCGUAUAGGUGACAGGGUUCAGUGGAGGGAGAGUGCUAUAGACUCUUAUUGGAUGUCUUUUGUCAGAUAUGCUGGUUGUAGAGAAACAGCAGAUUGGUUGGAAUGUUUCGGAUGUGGUAAUGAAGUGGAAAGAUGCGUUGGAGCAGUAGCGGAUCGAGACCCGGGAACCGGUACUGUGAUCAAUUAUGAAAAUUGGAAGCCGCUGAAACAUCAUAUGCCAUUUAUGACAGGAAAAAUAACAAAACUUGUGUUUAACACGUGUUGCUGUGUGAAAUGGGACAAUCAAUGGGACACACAUCUACCAAAAUCUGCAUUACGUUUAGCGAGUUCGAAAUGA